UCAAACUCUAAAAAAAACCAGAGAAAGAGAGAGAAAAACUGACUCCAAAUGUCUUCUUCUUGCAUUCCUUGCUUAGCUUCAACUCUUCUCCUCCUCCUCCUUCUAAUCCCAUCGCUAAAGCUCCUCAUUAAUGGCCUCAACUCCUUGCCCACUUUGGUUUUUUGCCUGUUCUUCAAGGCCCCACCUUGUGUUCUUGUUUCCCUUCUCAACGCCCUUAGGCCCCCUGCAGAGGCCUCUCUCGGUGCACUCCAGAGCCUUGCUGAUGCCUUGAAGUGGGUUUUUGUAAGCAGCGUUGAGAUGGGUCUGGGAAUUAUAGGCUCUUUUUUGAUGGCUGUGUUGGGGGCUCUGAAGAAUGUGGUUUUUGGUUCUUUUGGUGAGCUUGGCUCCGUGUUUGGUGGCCUUUUGGACAAGCCUCAGGCUUCUGGGGAAGGGUCUUUGUUGGAACUAGUGCGCGAGAUUAUCGGGUUCGUUUCGAGUAAGAUCCUUGACCGUGUUUUGGAAACCGCCACUUCUUCUGCAGGCGGGGUGUUCGGGUUUGCAAUGACGAGCAUUUCUGCUCUCUUGAACGACCCGGGUUCAGCCAUGGGAAAGUUAGUGGGGAUGCUGAAGGGCUUAUUGGAGGGGACUGGUUCGUCCAUGGGAGGGGUGCGAGGGAUUGUUGAGAGCUUGGUGGAGAAGGUGGCCGAGUUGGGUCUGGGAGUGGCAAGCUCUUCAGCAUCUGGUUGGUUUGAAGCUGUGAAAAAAGCCAUGGAUUUGGUGAUCGAGUCUGGUUUUACCGUUGGAGGGUUAGUUGAGAAGACCAAGGCUGCAUUGGAGGUUCUCCACAUGGAAGACCUUCGAAGCCUUAUUCAAAGCCUUGCUAGGCUAGGUGUGAAUAUGACUAUUAGUUAUUUUUUAGGUUAAAUU